CUCUGCUCUGCCCAUAGAUUGCACUGCAGCCGGACCUGUUGUGAGCGGAGGGUUGGCACCAUGUCUGUGGACGAACAGCAGAACGCUUUGCUGAGGAACUCUCAGCAGGACAUCGUCAGUCACAGCGAUGUGGAGGUCCGAUCGAUGGCUCCCAGCCAGGUCACUGCCCAGAGGGGCACCAGCUGGAAGCAUGUCUUCCUCUACAGCGGCGUGUCGAUCCUGGUGGCCAUGCUGAUCGCUGGGCAGGUGGUCAGUGUCAUGUUCCUGUUGAAACAACAGGACAAGAUAACGAACCUGCAGAAGACGACGGAUCGGAUUGAACGCAAGCGCCAACCAAGCAGCGGCCCAUUCAGACCGAAACCAGUCAUGCACAUGCGGCCCAUGAUCAUGGAUCUUCCUAUGUCGUACAUAGACCCCAAGGCCGAGGCUCCAAAGGAUCCAGCAACCACUCCCCAGCCAAUGACCAUGCUGGAACAAGUGCAACAGCUACUGAAGGAAGGAAACAAGAGCGUGGAGAUGCCAGAACUGAAGGAGGGUUUCUCCAACAACCUGAAACUUCUGAAACAGAGCCUGAAGGAAGGUGACUGGCAGGAAUUUGAAUCUUGGCUUCAGAAUUGGCUUCUCUUCCAACUUGUUCAGGGCGAGAAGAAACCUGCUCCGACCAGAGCACCCAGGAUCCAACCCCAGCCUCAGGGUAGGAAGAUGUCCAGCAUGGCGAUGAGGCCAAUGCUCCAUGUUCUGCCACUCUCCGCAGACCAACCCAAGGCAGCCGAAAUGCCCGAACUGGUGCCUGUAACAAGGGCCAAAAGACCAGAGACCGACUGUGAGAGGCAGCGCAGGGAGAAGAUGAUUCCUGGCAGUUUCCGUCCCAGCUGUGACCAGGAUGGGGACUUUGAACCGAAGCAGUGUUGGCCCAGUACAGGAUUCUGCUGGUGCACCUAUCCAAAUGGGACUAAGAUUGAAGGAACUGCAACUCGAGAUCCCCGAGAUAGUUGCAAAAUUUUUAAAGCUUAAGGAAGCCACAGCGUUGGAUGGGGUCAUCUAGACCAGCUUUACUCCCCAGACAAACAUUAAUUGCAUAGAUUGAUUCUUUUAUUAACAUCAGAUUUGACUGAUAACUGUUGAUAUCUGACUUGUAGCCAGUAGAUUCAUUUCCUUAUUUGCUUAAGAUUCAUCCACAAGAAUUUUUUUCUCUUAGAAGUAGAAAAAUCAGACUGUGCCUCAAUGGUUGAAAUGCCUCCAACCUGAUGGCAUGAACAUCGAUUUCUCCAAAUUCCAUUGAUUUCUCUCUGCUUCCCCUUCUGUUUUUUUCCAUUCCCCAUACUGGAUUCCUUCUCACCCCUUCCCUUCUCCUCACAUGCCCUGACCAUCAUCUCCCUCUGGUUCCCCUUUUCCCUCCCUUUGUCACAUGGUCCUCUCUCCUCUCCUAUCAGAUUCCUUCUUCUUCAGCUCUUUACCUCUUCUACCUAUCACCUCCCAGCUUCUUACUUCACCCCCCCUUCCCCCACCCACCC